GGGGAUUGCAGACGAAGCACGCACUCGAUCGACGGCCCCUUUGGCACCUCCCCCCUCUCACUGGAUCGGAUCACGCAAUUUUUUCCUCGGCCUGGAGCCGACGGCUAGCCCGCUACGAACUACUCUGAUCAAUUUCUCUGUCGGAUUACGGUGUGACAUUGCGGGCCCGAGAGUUUGACUUACCAUUGAUAAAUUUUUGGUGAAACGCGGAACUUUCCACUCGGGAAGGUUUAUCUUGCUUCCGGAAGGAAUUCAGAGAUGGAGAGAUCAUGCGAUGCUCGGUGGUUUUUGACUUUUCCUUGUGACUGCUUAGUUGGGUCGCAAUUUGAGAUUUGAACGUCGUGUUUUGACAUGUUCUCGCGAUAUCUCCGAGUUGCUUUUCCCUGACUCUUCCAUCCGGCCGUGGCUCUGUACUUGCGCUGGGUUGGUCUUGAGGGCUUCGUGCUCUCGCAUUUGCACUUUGCAGUUUUCUGUACUAAAAUUCGAAUGCUUUUUCACAAACUGUUGGUCGCAUGCUUAUUUCAGGGUUGAAGCUUCCUUCUUUUUCUUCUGAUCUCAUGAUCGUUCUUAAAUUGUUUGGGAAUCUGAUGUGAGCUAUUUUGGAAGGAUUCGAUUGCAGCGAGAACAUAAUUUGAUGAUGUUCAGGUUUGAGAUCAGAAGUUCUGGAAUAGGGUACUGAACGGCAUCGUACUAGAUCAACUGGCCUCCAGUCUAGUACCGAGAGUGCAAUAGAAGCUCGCCCUUGAUAUCUGUAAAGAAAUCUAAUCGCGAUGGCUCGUAAGUAUGGUCGAGUGGGUAUGAAAGACCCUUUUAUGUACACAAGUUCUAUCAAUCAUGGUUUGCUUACCGAGAAGGCCCUUCGAGAUGUCUUCGAAAUUACAUCAUAUAUUAACUUCGGCACGGCUGAGGAGCCGUUGCCGUACCCUGUCAAAUUCAAGGACAGGGACAGCUUCUUUGGCAAACAGAUUAUGACCCAGACCCCUAAAUGGGGAUUCCAAACAAAUGAUGUCUUUUUCCAGAAGGAACAUCCCUGGGUUUUCGAUGGAGACCUCUUCGUUGACAGAAACAUGUAUGUUGAGUCUCAACCUGAUAGAUACAAGGGCUUCUGGACAUCUGAUUUCUCAAAGAGGGAUGAAUACACGAAUGUCAUGCGUACUGAGCAGUAUCGAGAACAGCUGAAGUUGGAGAACAAGCAUUCCAAGAAGUCUGUGGAACAGUCUGAAGAUCGCAUCAAAGCGAUCAAAGCGCAGUACCCUGAUAUUGACAAGCCUCAUCGAACAAGGUUCGAUGGGCCAAGGUAUUUAUAUGAUGUGGGAAGAGCUGGACUUGCUACCACAAAGCAUUGUACUCGCUGCCAUAAACAAACCUACUAUUGCCCUCACAAUGCUGCAUACUGUACAAACAAUCCCGGUCUCAAAAAGGAUAUGGGCUUCCAUAGGACCUCAUCUCAGGACUACGGACGAGAAGCUGACACAGCUAACUAUGCCAAACCGAAGUAUGGCAACAAGCCAGUCAUUAAGCAGCAAAUGUACAGAAGAACGAAGAUCUUCUUUCCGGCAAAAACACUUCUUGGAUUUCCUGCUUAAUAAACUCCUGGAAGAGUGUUUUCUCUCUACAUGGGUCUUCUAUGACCACUAAACAGUACGUACUUUUGCAUCUGCGACUUCCUCCAUUGGCUUCUCUUCAUUCCUGUAAAAUACA